UCUGAAAAUUUGAAUCCUGCUAAUUUGGCUUUAUUGAGUUGGAUGUUACCAGAAGAAACUUUAAAAAAAAAAGAAUGGAAUUGCUUAUAUUCGGGAAGUAAACAUGGAUUUAGCAUGAACCGAUUUAGCAGUCACGUCUUUAAAUAUAAUGGACCUACACUUAUGAUAAUCCAUGCCGAGGUGACAUCAAAUUAUAAUUGUAAUUAUCAUCAUACGAGAGUUUCCAAGAAGGAAAAUCUAUUGAUCGGUGCUUACAUAACAGAUAAAUGGCGUUCUACAACCUCAACGCGGUCGUGUUUCGGUUCUGCAAAAUGUCUUUUGUUUGAAUUACAUCCUACAUUUGAAUCAUUUCCCGCAUCUCAACGUAACACGAAUUACGUCUAUUAUAAUCCUACAUUUGGAAUAGGAUUUGGCGGUAUCGAUACGCCAAAAUCAACAAGUAAUAUUGGAUCAAAGGAUACUAAUUCAUUUGUUAUUCAAUUGGACAACACUUUGCAACAUGGAAGGUAUAGAAAUGAUGCUCUUAAAAGUAUGGAUGCAACUUACAGUCUAAGUGCUUCGAGAACGUUCUUUGAUAAGAGUUUUGAAGUGUUGGAAAUUGAAGUGUUUGGAUUGGGCGGCGAAGGAGCUAGAGAUAAACAAAAGAGAGAAUGGAUGUGGGAAGAACAGGAAGCUACAAAACGUCAGUCAUGGAAGAAACAUAAUUCAAGCGAAAUUGAUAAAGAUAUUCUAAAGAUGGCGGGAGUUUUAAAUGAAAAUACAAAGGAACCAUAA